CUCACAUGUUUGCAGUGCCUCUCUCUCUUUAGGACUUACCUCCCUUGUCCUGAUUUCAAAAUAACUUCGUAUGCACAUUCAAAAAAUGUUUUGGUCAGCUUCUCAUCUGCAUUUGGGUCAUCUUGGCAAAGUCUAGGUAGGGCAGUUUGUGUUCAUAAGACUUUAGAAGUAGGAAGCCAAAGUUAGGACAAGGUGAAUGACUUGCUUCGAGUCACAGCCACACAGAGGUUCCUGGGCAAGCAGCCUCCUCUGAAGUACGCCUGGCCUUCCAGUCAGUAACUCUGCUUCUCCUGCAGCGGUGUUCAGUGGGUGACCCAUUGCUCUUCUGGUCUAAUGAGCCAUGAAAAGGGAUUGCUCAUCAGGGAGCCAGAAGAGAUCAGCUUUUGGGGCUGGAAGAAUUGUUCUUGCUUCUCUUGCCUCUCACGGUUUUCCCAGUGGGUAUCAAGAUUCUAGAGUGAAGAGAUUUUUAUCCAAAAAUGGCCUGGUCAUUCUUGGGUUCACCUUUAUCCUGUCUCUGAUAGCUUUGCUCGCUGUGGGGCUGACCCAGAAUAAAAAUACGCCAGAAAAUUUUAAGUUUGGGAUUGUGUUUGAUGCGGGCUCUUCUCACACGACCAUGUACAUCUAUAAGUGGUCAGCAGAAAAGGUGAAUGACACAGGGUUGGUGUAUGAGAUAGAAGCCUGCAAGGUCAAAGGUCCUGGAAUCUCAGCAUUUGCUUCGAAUGUACAAGAUAUACCUGUUUACCUGAGUAAAUGCAUGGGAAGAGCCAAGGAGCUGAUUCCAAAGUACAAGCACCAUCAGACACCUGUUUACCUGGGAGCCACAGCAGGCAUGAGGUUGCUCAGGAUGGAAAAUGAACAGUCGGCGAAGAGGAUCCUGGCUUCGGUGACAAGUUUCCUCAAUUCCUACCCCUUUAAUUUCCGGGAUGCCAGGAUCAUCUCUGGCUCAGAGGAAGGUGCUUAUGGCUGGAUUACCAUCAACUAUCUGUUGGGAAAAUUACAGAAGAAACAAAAUUCUGAAGACCCGUCUUCGAGAAAAAAUGAGAGUCAGGAAACCUAUGGAGCCUUGGACCUUGGGGGAGCCUCCACGCAAAUCACUUUUGUGCCCAAAGAUACAAAUAUCAGCUCUCCAAUCAAAUUUAUGCAAUUUCGCCUCUAUGGCUGGAACUACACUGUAUACACAUACAGCUUCUUGUGCUAUGGGCAAGAUCAAGCACUCUUGCUGAAACUGGCCAAGGACACUGUGGAAACACCAUCAGGAACCCUCUUGGACCCAUGCUUUCACCCCGGAUAUGAGAGGAUGGUGGACAUAAGUGACCUUUUCAACAACGUCUGCACCAGGGAAUAUAAGGAUUUGUUUCCAUUCGAUAAGCUUAGAAUCCAGGGCACUGGAGACUUUCUACAAUGCCAGGAACGCCUCCAUAAUCUCUUCCCCACCACUUAUUGCCGUUACACCAGUUGUACCUUCAAUGGGGUUUUCAUGCCACCAGUCCAUGGGGAAUUUGGGGCAUUUUCAGCUUAUUACUAUACGAUGAAGUUUUUAAACUUGACAUCAGAUAAAGUCACCAGUGAGGAUAUGGUGAUUGAGAAGAUGAAACAAUACUGCUCUAGGCCUUGGAAGGAGGUGAACACAACUUACGCUGAUGUGAAGGAGAAGUAUCUGAGUGAAUACUGCUUUUCUGGCACCUAUGUUUUAACCCUCCUGCAAGUCUAUAAUUUCACAGAUUACUGGAAACACAUUCAUUUCAUGCACAAGAUCAAUGACAACGCCGAAGCCGGGUGGACUUUAGGCUACAUGCUAAACCUGACCAACAUGAUCCCAGCUGAGCUGCCACAGCCCAAACCUUUCUCCCGCCCCACCUACAUCUCCCUCAUGGUGGCCUUCUCCCUGGUGCUGGCCAUAGUGUUCAUCCUAGGCUCGAUUAUCUUUCACAAGUCUUCAUAUUUCCAGAAAUAAGUGGAAUAGCAGGAGCAGCUGAAAUCUGCUGGCUGGAAUGAGAAAAAAAAAAAAAAAAAAAA